AUGGUUCAGCAUUGGGCAGAUUUAAUAAGGCAGUGGGUAGAACGAAGGCGAGUAGCGGACCAGGACCGAUUAAGUAGGAGCAUAUGGAACGACAUACAAGUCGUAUUGAAUGAGUUUGUGGAUUUUAUACAGAACGAAGAGUACGAAAAGAUGUUGACUUCAUCAUGUGACGAAACUGAAUAUGGUCACCGGGUACGGGUACCAUGGAAGAGCCCAGAGAAAGCAAUGUGCAGACUCAUGACACGAGCAUUAUUGUUCAUGAAUGCCUGGCCAACAAGGUCCGCCAGGACGGACAAUACCGAAGAUCAUAAUGAAGCGUUGAAGGAACAUAUAAGAUGCGCAAUAGUAAAUAUAUUUAUGUACAUAUUGAACGAAUCUCCAUGCAAAAGUCACAUGGGCAUACAUUAUGCAUGGGAGGUUGUGACAGAGCUGGAACAAGGUUGGCACGGACUCAUUACAAACAGCAAGUGCCAGCAGGGACAGUUUGAAAACAUACAAAUAGGACAAUUUGACAUGCAGACUAAGAUUAAGGAAUGGUUAGAGGACAAUAAGAGAUUGAGGGACACAUUUGCAGGUCCCGAGAUAAACCGUACAUGUAAGAACACAUUAGCAGGAAAUGGGCGGAAAGAAACGGGUAACAAGGAACCUAAUGCACAAAUUGAGAUGCAGCAUGAGGAGACAGCAGUUAUACAACAGUUAGGCGAAGACCUGAAGCUCAUAGUUGAGCAGGUAAAGACAGAAGUCGUGCAAUGCGAGCAGGACCAUGACGCAUGCAUGGAGCCUAUCGAAGACGACCCCAGUAGCGAUCCGGAGGAUGACGACACUGAGUCCAUACCACUGAACCCUGUCGGAAGCGGUAAACCAGCACCAACGGAACCCGCAGAGUUCUACCUUAGCGCAACUAUAAAUAGUGUACGGCAGCACUAUACGAACUUAGGCCACCUGUUGGCCCAAUGGGUCAUCGACGCGGGCAUUUCCACACAGGAGGACUAUGAGGACAUGGUGUGGCAGAAGACCAAAGAGGUAAUGGCGGAAUUUGUGCAAUACAUGCAGGGCGACGAUAUACUAGCGUAUGCAUCGAACUGUGGUAACGCAGGAUGGCAGCACCACGCGCAUGGGAAGCGUGCAAAAUUAGUGACACAAACGGUCGGCGAUAAAAUUGUAUGCGUACUUAUGGCAGGGGCCUUAUUUUUCAUGAAUGGGUGGACUAGUUCAGAAAAGGCUAGACAACAGGACGAUGCAACCAAUGAGAAAAUAAGGGAGCACUUACGAUGUGCAAUAGUACAUAUGUUCAGCGAAGUAUUAAACGAAUCCGUGUGCAAAAGUACGUGGGGAAUAUUUUAUGCAUGGAAAAUAAUGGACAAUUUAGGGAAGGACGGCGGUCUUCCCGCAGGUUUAAUACAGCAGGGGACAUGUCGUAGAGAACUCGUUGGUGAUUUGAACAUAAGAACACUUAAGUUAAAUGAACAAGUCAAGAAAUGGUUACGGCAAAAUAGAAAACUAAAAGAGGCAAUACAGAAAAUACAAGGACAUACACUGUGCACGCAGCAGUGGAGGAAGGAAUGGAACCUAGACGACAUCCUGGGGAAGGGACCUGCACCGGAUGUCGCAGGUUCGCAGAUUGUUGAGAUAGUGCACGCACUGAAGGCAGGACUGGGGGAAGUAUUUAAAGGAAUUAAGCAACAGGUAGAGCAAGGCAUAGAACAGAGGGAACAGGCGAAGAAGGGGCAGUCAGGUACACCAGCACAGGGAUCGUCCACGAAAUCAUCAGCAGCUACACCGGCCGCACCUGCCACACCAGCACCCGCCAAGCCGGUCGACGGCAAGGCGGCCACCGCUGCCAAACCAGUAGCGGUGAAACCGGCAUCACAGCCGGGACCGGCGAAACCGGUGGCAAGGACGCCGGCCGAACGAGAUAAUUGUGAGUGGAGUAGUAUAUUGGACGAGAAGAGGAAGCAAGUGUACGUGCUGCGUAAUUAUAGUGAUAAAGAUCUCGAAGAAUUGAAGACAGUAUUGCAGGGAUUUGUGGAGUACAUGCACAAGAAGGACGAGUACAUGGAAGCCAUGGGUGCCAAUUGUAAUAAUACAGGUUGGGAAGAUGUGGAUGACUACCCCAGGAAAGAUCAGACAGUAGCGGAUGUAAUAAGAUGUAGACUUAUGACAGGAGCAUUGUUCUAUGCAAACGGAGGAAACGGUAGUGAGGGCACUGCGAACAAGGGACGUGGUGUUAUGGAUGAAAAAGAGAAGCAGUUGAGGUGUGAGGCAGCGAAUGCCUUUGGGUAUAUACUGGACAACAAAUAUUGUGCACAUAAGACACCGUGGAGAAGGGGUGUAAAGUAUGCCUGGAAAACGGUGAAAGCAAUGGGAGAGGCUGGAGGCAUACAGGAAGAUAAAAAAGGUCCUGUAAUGAAAGGGGAUUGGACGGAAUGUGGGUACAAAGUGACAGGGGCCAUUAUAAGGCCAGUAAAUGGAAACAUUGUGGACUGGUUAGUAAGCAAAGGAGGCAUAAUGGACAAAAUAGGGAACAUAGAGGGGGCGGCGAAGUGUGAUAUGGAUUGGAAAGAAUAUAUAAAAGACAAAGAACAGGAUGUUAAAGGCAACGUGCAGAAGGGAGAAAUACCUGAAGUACAAGAAGACGAGAGGAAAGUACAGGAGGUCAUUGAGACAGCGAGGAAAGAACUAGAGGAGGAAACUAAAACAAGGAAAGGUAAGCAUAAGGAGGAUACGGAUGCGUAUAGGAAGGACAAGGAAGACCAGGCGGCGUCAGGAAGUAAUGCGGACAACACAACAAACAACAAGGACACGUCAGACGUACAGACGUCACCACCAACACCAGGUGGGCUAGGGGGAGGAGGACUUGGACGCGCACACAUUGCACCAGCUGAUGUACCACCCGUAUUGCCCCCACCACCGGCACAAAAACCAGGAUCAACGACAUCCGCAGGAACGGGAUCAGGACCGGCUGCGGGAUCCGUACCACAACCCCCACAUGCGGCACCACCGGUCAUACCAGGAGGCUCUGCAUCAGGACCAACACGAUCCGAUGAGAAGCCUGGAAGAGGAGCACCAGAUGCAAGUGCAACAGGUAAGAAUCCAAUUGCGCCUGCAGCACAAGGGAGUACGCCGGGGAACUCCCAAGGACCAGCAGAACAAUGUAGUGAAAAUGAGAUGGAUCAGGAUAAACUUUAUGCUUGCCUGGAAGGCAAAGUUACACCUGACAUCCCUCCUCAAGUGACGGACCUUGAGGAAGAGAACGCGCUUAAUAAGACACUUUGGGGAAGUUCGCGUACCAUUAGUGUAACCGAAGGAAGUACCCCCAUUACCUUCACAGUUCCUACAGGCCAUGACGUCGUUGACGGCGGCAACGAUGACCCCCCUCCUCUCAAUCCACCCAAACCAAAACCGAACCCGAACCCAAAUCAAUCGGGUGCAACCGGUAGCGGCCCCGGCGGCGGCACUGGUCCUGGUGUAGGUGGUGUUGCUGGUGAGGCAGGAAAAGGAGGUGGGGCUGGAGGAGGUUCCUCUGGACCGGGUUCCACUGGUCCCCAAAACCCUGGUUCCUCAACACCCGGAUCCGACCCGUCCACGCACACCAAUAACACACAGGGUACGGGUUCUCAGCCUACAGAUCCGGAUGGUGGCUUUGGACUAUCCUUAGACCGUGCACCAUCUACCGGCAGCAUAGGAGAAGGAUAUGCACCACCAACCUUAAAAGAUAGAUCACCCAGUUCAUCGGGCGGUAACCAAGGUCCCGGGAGAGUGACCCCAGAUGUCCCCGACCUAACCGACACCGUCCUUACGGCCACUACUCCCGUACUCUUCUUCCUGUCCGCCGUCAUCGUCGCCCUUCUUGGUUAUUCCCUCUGGAAGUAUUUUGCCUUCCUCGGACACAAACGACGACGAACGUAUCGAACCGUUCGUGACGUGCCGUCACCGCCACUCGACGAACGCACCAUCAUCGAGCUACAUCUAGAAGUGCUCCACGAAUGUGAAGCAGCCGAAUGGGAAAACGUCAAAGACGACUAUUUGCAAAUACUCGUUGAAGAGUUUAUGGGGGGCAACCACGGACAUAGUAGUUCCUUGGAUGUCUGUACCCCAGACGACGGUUUAGCAACCCAGGACUCAACAACAAACACCGAUUCACCAACGCGGGAUAAACCCACCGAUUCCGACGGCAAAGAUCCAUGUCCACCUAACGAACAGGACCCCGAUCCAGCCACACACACGCCCACCUGUGCUGCUCCUGAGCCCGCAAUCACAGACAUACCCACAAGUGACACAGUCACAGACAGAACCACAUGUGACCCAGUCCUGCACAUACCAACAUGUGACACCGUCACGCAUACCACCACGAGUGAUCAUCCUCAGCCCGACAUCACAGACAGCCCCACAUGUAAAGCAGUCACAGACACACCCACAUGUGCUGAUCCUAAGCCCGAAAUCACACAAGCACCAGGCUCCGGUAACGCAGUCACAGACACACACACAUGUGAUCCCCCUCAGCCCGACAUCACACAACACACAGUCACAAACGACACAGUCACGCACAUACCCGCAUGUGAUGGUCCUAAGCCCGACAUCACACAACCACCAGCCACAGGCGCCACAGUCACGGACAUACCCACAUGUGAGGAUCCUAAGCCCGAAAUCACAGACAUACCCACACGUGACACAGUCACAGACAGAACCACAUGUGACACAGUCACGGACAUACCCACAUGUAACGCAGUCAGAGACACACCCACACGUGAUGAUACUAAGCCCGACAUCACACACCAGUUAGUCACAGACGACACAGUCACAGACACACACACAUGUGAGGAUCCUAAGCCCGAAAUCACAGACAUAGCCACACGCCAUGACGUCGUUGACGGCGGCAACGAUGACCCCCCUCCUCUCAAUCCACCCAAACCAAAACCGAACCCGAACCCAAAUCAAUCGGGUGCAACCGGUAGCGGCCCCGGCGGCGGCACUGGUCCUGGUGUAGGUGGUGUUGCUGGUGAGGCAGGAAAAGGAGGUGGGGCUGGAGGAGGUUCCUCUGGACCGGGUUCCACUGGUCCCCAAAACCCUGGUUCCUCAACACCCGGAUCCGACCCGUCCACGCACACCAAUAACACACAGGGUACGGGUUCUCAGCCUACAGAUCCGGAUGGUGGCUUUGGACUAUCCUUAGACCGUGCACCAUCUACCGGCAGCAUAGGAGAAGGAUAUGCACCACCAACCUUAAAAGAUAGAUCACCCAGUUCAUCGGGCGGUAACCAAGGUCCCGGGAGAGUGACCCCAGAUGUCCCCGACCUAACCGACACCGUCCUUACGGCCACUACUCCCGUACUCUUCUUCCUGUCCGCCGUCAUCGUCGCCCUUCUUGGUUAUUCCCUCUGGAAGUAUUUUGCCUUCCUCGGACACAAACGACGACGAACGUAUCGAACCGUUCGUGACGUGCCGUCACCGCCACUCGACGAAGUAAUAUUGGAUCAUUUACAACGCGGCGACCUGCCGCCACCCGAUUACGGGUACACGAUGAUUAGGGAUAGGCAGCCCGGCAGAUUGCCCGCCCAACGACGACGCCGCGGACGACGCCCACCCCGCGUGCAUAAGCGCACCAUCAUCGAGCUACAUCUAGAAGUGCUCCACGAAUGUGAAGCAGCCGAAUGGGAAAACGUCAAAGACGACUAUUUGCAAAUACUCGUUGAAGAGUUUAUGGGGGGCAACCACGGACAUAGUAGUUCCUUGGAUGUCUGUACCCCAGACGACGGUUUAGCAACCCAGGACUCAACAACAAACACCGAUUCACCAACGCGGGAUAAACCCACCGAUUCCGACGGCAAAGAUCCAUGUCCACCUAACGAACAGGACCCCGAUCCAGCCACACACACGCCCACCUGUGCUGCUCCUGAGCCCGCAAUCACAGACAUACCCACAAGUGACACAGUCACAGACAGAACCACAUGUGACCCAGUCCUGCACAUACCAACAUGUGACACCGUCACGCAUACCACCACGAGUGAUCAUCCUCAGCCCGACAUCACAGACAGCCCCACAUGUAAAGCAGUCACAGACACACCCACAUGUGCUGAUCCUAAGCCCGAAAUCACACAAGCACCAGGCUCCGGUAACGCAGUCACAGACACACACACAUGUGAUCCCCCUCAGCCCGACAUCACACAACACACAGUCACAAACGACACAGUCACGCACAUACCCGCAUGUGAUGGUCCUAAGCCCGACAUCACACAACCACCAGCCACAGGCGCCACAGUCACGGACAUACCCACAUGUGAGGAUCCUAAGCCCGAAAUCACAGACAUACCCACACGUGACACAGUCACAGACAGAACCACAUGUGACACAGUCACAGACAGAACCACAUGUGACACAGUCACGGACAUACCCACAUGUAACGCAGUCAGAGACACACCCACACGUGAUGAUACUAAGCCCGACAUCACACACCAGUUAGUCACAGACGACACAGUCACAGACACACACACAUGUGAGGAUCCUAAGCCCGAAAUCACAGACAUAGCCACACGUGACGCAGUCACGCACAUACCCACAUGUGAGGAUCCUAAGCCCGACAUCACAGACAUACCCACAUGCGACACA